CCGGAAUGGAUCCAGUUUCUCAGCUUGUAGUGUAUCUCUGUAUUGCUGGAAACAUUGGGUCAACCUUGGCCAAUGAAAUACCAAUGAGAAAGAACCAGGAGUUGCAACCACCGCUGGGAGGAUCAGAAACGGUACCUUCAUCACAGAGGCUGAGUGUGCCACGCCUCAAUCGGACAGUAUUAGACGAUCCACAGACGUCACUCAUCAAUUUACCAAACGGGCAACCUGGAAAAGAAUUACAUGGGCACCGCUACCGUAGAAGUCAUAAAUAUAUACCAAGAAAUGUUAACUAUCAUAAAAGAAGAGCUCGUGCUUCUGAUUAUCCCGAUGCAAACGAUGGUUCAACCAAACCAAAACCUCGAGUAUACGGCAUUUCUGGUUCUAACAUACGCAUUUACCAUGGAAAACAAGAAGAAAAUAAGUCACCAGAAUUUGGCCAAUCAUACAGAAGUCCGAGAAAUAAAAAACACAAAAAACGCCCGAGAUUCCAAAACCAUGGCCGAUACAAUGAAGAAUCAGAAUACGAAUACGACAAUGAGAGGAGGGCCUCCAGGCGUCAAGGUCCACGCCAUGACUCCAUGGGCUGGAGUAUCAAUUCCAAACCAAAUGAUUAUUGAAAAACUAAGAAGAGUACCAAAUACUACACUCCCAUAAGGUAGUUGUAUUUUUACAAUAAAGUAAAUUGUAUUUUAUGAUAAAUAAUCUUAAUUUGGUUUUUGAUUUUUAGUAGGAUUUUGAUUGAAUUAUUACACUUAAUCGAUUUAUGAUUAAGAUUUUAUAAAGACCACAUUACUCCUACAAUUUUAUUUCACCAAUAAAAAGUCUUUUUAAGAUGUCUUUAUUUCGUUUUUAUUAUGACCUUUCGGCUUUAAUCGAAUUUUCAAAUAUUUUUAAAUUAUCACAAUUACAUUGUCAUUUAUUUAUCAUGAUAAAACCAGGUUUCCUUAUCAUUGUCUUUGUUGGUUGGUUUCAAAUAAACUCGAUCACAUUCACUACAAAAAGUGAAUUUUAAAACCAAUUAAUUUUAAAAUUGUAGAAACAAUAAAUAAAAAUUUACAAUUAAAAAAAAUUGACUAGCAAAUAAAAUAAUAACAAGGAAAGCCAUUUUUCCAAGAUAAAUAAAUGGCAAAAUAAUUGUGAUAAAUAGUGAAAUGAAAACAAUUGAAUGUAUAAUAUUACCAUAACAAUUACUACCAUGGUCCAGUAUACUUUAUAGUCUUUGAAUGAUAUUUUAUGACUCCUUACUUUACAAUAUUCGAAAAUGAAAAUUAAGUGGAAAGGUCUAAAUAAAUAUGAAAUAAAAUCAUUUUGUUGAAACUAUUUUUUAUUAAAGAAAUAAAAUUGUCGGAGUAAUGUGGUCUUUAUAAAAUCUUAAUCGGUUAUUGAUUAAGUUUAAUAUUU